GUAAAAUGCUCAGUGAUGAGUUUGAUCAACGAGGAUGAAGAUCCAUGAGCUCCUCCGCUCUGCGCCGCCUCUCCUCCGUCACUUCCACGGGAAGGUCCGCGUGCGUUCCGUGAUCCUAAAGCUCCGAGGCUCACAGCGGCCUGGAACACGAAGCGCGAGGCCAUAAAAAAGAGUGAGCGCUGACCCCCUGACCAACCAACACCCUGCGUCUCCUGCCGCUCCCCCGCUUCCGUUGCCCCUCCCCCCCACCGCACCACAUCGCUUUUCUGUCUGCGGUGGAUAGGACUCCCAUUGGACGCUUUGUCAGGUGGCUAUUCGGUCUGGCGCCGCCUCCCCCUGGGGCCGGCGUGCGCUCCCAGCAGCCCGUGGUGCCCUGCGCCCCCCCCUCCCCAUCACUGCACAACAGGGCCCAUGUUCAGGGAGGAAGCGCGGUGCGUCCGCCAGGAGCCAUGUGCCUCCCUCAAACCAACAACAUGGACAGCAAGCAGCAGGGGGCGGGGGCAGGGGGCGGGGCUUUACCCAAACCAGGAGGUGGAGGCGUUUCUCUGGAGCCCUUCAUCCACCAGGUGGGGGGGCACACCAGCAUGAUGCGCUACGAUGACCACACUGUGUGCAAACCUUUGAUCAGCAGAGAGCAGCGCUUCUACGAGUCUCUGCCUCCUGAGAUGAAGGAGUUCACCCCGGAGUAUAAAGGUGUGGUCCUGGUCUGCUUCGAAGGCGACUCUGACGGCUACAUCAACCUGGUGGCGUACCCCCACGUGGACAACAUGGAGGGGAUGACGGGGGAGCACGAGGAGCGGGACCCCCAGGAGAGGGAGCAGCCCAGGCGGAAGCACUCGCGGCGCAGCCUGCAUCGAUCCUCCUCCUCCACAGAGCACAAGGAGGAGCGGGCCGACAGGAGGGAGGCGCACGACGCCGACUCCUCUGACACCGUGUCGGACCUGAAGAGCCCCAGACUGGACCCAAAGGUUCACUCAGACGUUCCGUUCCAGAUGCUGGACUGGAACAGCGGUCUGGCCUCGGAGAAGAUCAGCUACAACCCCUGGAGCCUGGUGUGCCACAAGCAGCAGCUCAGCCGCAUGAGGUCCGAAUCCAAGGACCGCAAACUCUUCAAGUUCCUGCUGCUGGAGAACGUGGUGCACCACUUCUCCUACCCCUGCAUCCUGGACCUGAAGAUGGGCACCCGGCAGCACGGCGACGACGCCUCCGAGGAGAAGGCGGCCAGGCAGAUGAAGAAGUGCGAGCAGAGCACGUCGGCCACCCUGGGAGUCAGAGUGUGUGGCAUGCAGGUCUACCAGCUGAACACAGGCCACUACCUCUGCAGGAACAAGUACUACGGACGCGGCCUGUCCAGCGAAGGCUUCCGCCAGGCCCUCUACCAGUACCUGCACAAUGGGCGGGGCCUGAGGCGGGACCUCUUUGAGCCCAUCCUAAAUAAGCUUCGCAGCCUGAAGGUGGUUCUGGAGAGACAGCCGUCGUACCGCUUCUACUCGUCCUCUUUGCUCAUCAUCUACGAGGGGAAGGAACCUGAAGGCCCCCCGGGACCCGGACCGGGCCAGAACGCAGCCCGGCAGCAGAAGACCCCCGCAGAUCCUUCUGGUGUCCCCACCAACGCCUCCGGUGGAGCGGACCCGGUCCAGAACCCGGUCCUGGGGUCUCUGUCCUCUGAGGGACCUGGACAUGCGGCCUCAGACCCCCCCUCUUCUCACCCUCCUACACAAGCUCUGCCCACCAAGUCCGACCGCUGCCCCUUCGCCCCCCCGGAUUGUCCCUCCUCGGCUCCACAGCGGUCCCCCCUGGUGGACGUCCGAAUGAUCGACUUUGCCCACUCCACUUUCAAGGGUUUCCGCGGCGACACGGCCGUGCACGACGGGCCAGACCGGGGCUACGUGUUCGGACUGGAGAGUCUGAUCCAGAUUCUGGAGAGCCUUCGAGACGAAAACCUGCUGUAGCGCCGGACCCUCAGAGAGCGCGCACAUCCGGGCCCCCGGCCGGGUUCUGGGAGGGUCUGUGGGACCAAACUGGCAUGGUUCUGUUCAACCGCCCGGUCUCCACACACACACACACACACACACACACACACACACACACACACACACACACCUGAUACUGUGAUCUGUUCAGGCCCUGCUGCAGCGGCCAUGUUCUCCAGACCCUUCCUCUGUAGCCGUGGAAACGGGUUUUUCUGGACAUCAGUAGGACAGAGGAAGGGGGGCCAGUGGAAAAACACCUCAUGGUGGAUUUCUGCUCUUAUGAGGACCUCUGUGCUUCUAACAUUCCCUACAGGCCCCGCCCACUGGACCAGUGAGCGCCCACGCUCUGUGGCAUCCUAACAGGACGGCUGCUCAGAGCGCCGAUGAAGGGAACCUGGUGUCCGUCCACUAGGGGGAGUCAUUCUCCAUAUUAAAGCUUCUCUUUAACCACAGAAACGUUUUCAGCUUCUGAGGAUCAAACAUCUGUCCUCCUCUGCACAGCGACGCCACAGAACCUCACUUCCUGCGGGCCCGGUCCCCCCCGCUGACCCCACCCAGCAGCCGGACCGCCAGCCGUCACCUCCUCCUCACUCUCCUCGCUCCCUCAGAAACCGAAGCGGAUGAACGGACUGUCGUCGGCUCGCCUUGUACUCUGAGAAUGUCCGUGGUUCGUAACGUUAGAGGCGUAAACGUCACUUUAAAGAUGUGUCCAGGUGUUAGCUUAGCUGCUGUUAGCGGAUCUCAUGGAAAGAGUUCGGCUCAAGUUUCAGAGGACGGAUCAGAGCCGCUUUUCAUGGGAUUUGUUAAUUGGACCGAUGAAGAGUCAGAGUAAUAUUUUUUGAUAGAUAUUUAAAAAAAACGUGAUAGAAAUCACAAUAAUAGAAAAUGAGACCAAAAAGAUAAUAAGAUUCCUUUUAAAAGGUUUUCUGGUGUUAAUUUCUGAGGCAGUCCUGCCUGAAAAUAUAGAAAAAAGUUUAUAUUUCUAUAGAAAUCUAUGUCAGAGUCCUAACCCAACCCUGGAGCUGGAUUUCACACCGUUGGCCAAUCAGAUUAGUUCAGCAAAGCUUCCUCUGACUGAGGCUGAGGCUGGCCGCAGGGCGACACCGCCCCCUGCUGGACAGCAACAGGAACUCAGCCCCAGGAGCAGGAAUUGAAUAGAGCAGAAGUUAUAUUUUAUUUUUUGGUUUAUUAAGGUAAUAAUUUAUUUUUUUAUUGCAACCCUUUCCCACAGAUACGGGUAAAUGUUUUAUCUUUAAAA